AUGCACAUCUCUGCUGGGAUGAAGUUUAUGCUGUAUAAACCGCCUGAUGAAUCAGCUAUUAAGUCUGCAUAUGAGGACUUCAAAGAUCGUCUAAGAUGGCGACUGAUCUUUGAUGUCAAAGAGGCUAAUAGUAAUAAGGAUGAAGAAAGUCGUGAGGAAUAUGAUCCUGACUACGAAGUGCCGCAUACACGCAAGCGUGCACAAAAAACAUAUGACUAUAUCGAAUGUGGCCUUUCUGCAGGGGAUGCUUACGUUGCGCAAUAUUGCGGCGACAUCGUACCUCAGAUAAAAGCCAGGGCCUCCAACUCCGGUUUGGUCUGGCUGGACACAGUUCGAAAGUACUUGCAUGAUAAUGGCCUUAUUGUGCUUGCUACAGACAAAAAUCUAGGGUCAUGUGUAGUCACCCGGACAUGGUUCAUUGAACACACGCAACUUCUUUUGUCGGAUACAACCAGCUACAGAGAGAUCUCUGAUGCUGAGCGACAAAUGAUUUUAGAAAAAACACAUACUGAGGUUGGGAAGGCAGCAGCAUUCGCGUCGGAUGUACUGCGCCAUGACCAACUGGCUCGCUUCUUGCGGUCUAAAAUACCAGAGGACUCACGUGUAGAGUCGGUCGUACCAGGCUUUUAUGGUAUUCCUAAAAUACAUAAAUUCCCGGUAAAAAUGCGACCGAUCGUCCCUUGUCACUCAUGUGCACAGGGUCCUGCGGCCAAGUAUGUGUCAAAGCAAUUGAAAGCACUCAUUGAGUCUCGCCCGUUCGUGUGCAAAGGGACUAAGCAAUUGGCCCAGAGACUCUCUGAACUAGUGCUGGAUAAAGCUUCGUAUAGCAAGUAUUGGCUUGUCACUGGUGACGUAGUGGCAUUCUAUCCCAACAUUCCCUUGUCAUAUGCUAUCAGGCUAGUGACUAAAAUGUGGCAGGCGCACCCUGCUGGAGGAUUGAAUCAAUCAGCCGAUCAACAACAUCUGUUUAUCAUGUGUAUGCAGCUGGCUAUGCGCCGCCUUAUUACUGAGUUUGGCGGGAAGACGUAUGAACAAAUCAGAGGGAUUGCAAUGGGGGUGGCUUGUUCACCUGACAUUGCUAAUCUCUUCGGUGCUUGGUUUGAGGAACAUGCGCUUCUAGAUGGCGAUGGGCACUGGCGUGACCCUAGAAUCGUCUUCUAUAAUAGAUACAUCGACGACUGCUUCUCCAUUGUGAGAGCAAAUAGCGCUGCUGAUGCAGUUAUGAUUCUUGAAUCAGCUAUUCACUUCGAAGGUUGUACUAUUGAGUGGGACGCGAGUGAUCUCAGUGUCGCUUUUCUGGAUAUGUCUAUUACUAUCGAUCCUGAGGGAUGGGUCGAUUGGAAGCCAUACCGCAAGGCGCGUAACCACUUAGAACGGAUCCCCUGGGCAUCUCACCACCCAAAUGAUGUCAAAAAAGGCACCUUCUUGGGCGAGAUGAGCCGUUUAGCAGUACUGUGCUCUCGACCGUCUUAUUACCGUGAGGCGUUAGAGAACCUGUAUGAUCUCUACAUUGCUAGAGGCUAUCCUGGCCCGUUGUUAAGAUCUUGGAUUUCACACUACAGGCAAACACGGUGGAACUCGCGCUUUGAGACACCUGUAGCGAGGCAGGAAAACGCCUCUGUGUUUGUGUUGAAGUCAUCUUACAACCCCGUGUGGGAAAAGUUCGACGCUCAAGGACUUGGAAAAGUCAUCGUUGGUACCUGGGAACAAGAAUUACGUGAUAUGCACGUCUUGUACUCUCGGAUAUGGGGCUCAACGGCCGCAGUUGCCUAUGAGGCAGUGCGAACCGGGACUAAUACAUCCCAGUUAAUGCAUCAGGCGCUGCUGUCCCAGUUUGGGUACGGCAGGGUUCUGAAUCGGGCAGGCAGAGACUCGGAACGCGCAGAGGUCGAAAGGCUUCUGGUCAGCGGUGGGUCUUCUCCUGAUCCUGAUCCUAUGGACGUGGAUCGUGAGGAGGGUGAAGUGCAGGAGAGCACGUCUCAGUCAGGGCACUACGGCGAUCAAGGUCGUCGCACCCCUGAUGACGACCGCUGGGGGCUCAGACCCCAAUCUCCAGCCCCUGACCCUGGCCCCUCUUCGGAGGAAUCACCAGGGGGAGGCGCCCAAGAAGCAGGCCAGGUGGCCUUGGCACUCCUUAGUAACGAAUCCCACGGCUGUAUGGUGUAUACUGGGCGUAUGUCACGGGGAGCGCCCAUAGAGUUUCUGCAAGUGCCAGAUGUCCUGAAGUUGGGAUACCACAGAAAACGCUGGAUAGUGUCACGAAAACGCGGAGUCAAUCUCGGCGAUCGUGUCAACAAGUGGCGUAAAGAUGACAUCAAGUUUGCCGACCCGGACGAUGUGUUUCGUCUGGCCGACUUGGGCGAUGAUACUCAGCAAUAG